CACACACAGCGCAGUCGCCGAGUACUUUUAGUCCGCGUUGAGCGCUCGAUAGUGACGAACAUACUUGCAUACUAUGACUUUUGAAAUAGAUGUCAACGUGCUAAUAAAUGAGGUUAGAAAGAGAAAGCCAAUCUAUGAUACUUUUAGAAAAGAAUAUCAUGAUCGAAUACUGAAAAAGAAAUUGUGGGACGAAGUAUGCCAAGUGGUUUAUUCGUCCGAUUGGGAUUCACUGUCGGCUCAGGACAAAAUUAAAUAUGGAAAAGAAGUACAAAAGAGGUGGGCCUCUCUCAGGCAUUGUUUUAGAAGGGAAAUUACUGCUCAGAAAAAUGCCCCUUCCGGAAAAUCAGGACCAAAGAAAAGAAAAUAUUUGUACUUUAAUUCUCUUUUAUUCUUGUUGCCGUUCUCAGAAAGAGUCAAGCCGGAAAAAUAUGAAUCUGAUGAAACUGAUGAGGAGGCCUUAGAAAAUAUAGCUGAUGUGAGCAAAAAAAAGUUAACUGCAGCCGAACCGAGCUCCUCAAAACAAAAACAAAUAAGUAGUCUAACUAACGACACAGAAGCAGUCACUUUACUUAAAGAGGGAAGUCAAACGGUUCAGAAUUUAAAAAUGUACGAUCACGAGCAAGAUGGUGACGAAUCAUUUUUUCGUUCUCUUGUCCCGUCUAUGAGAGAACUUACAGAAGAUCAGAAAUUAUUAUUGAGAAUGGAAAUACUAAAAUUGAUUUUAAAUUUUAAGCAAUCACUGAAUAACAGCUCGAGCACAUCUGAUGAUAAUGAUAAAUCUAAUACAUGAAUGUUGUAUAAAGCUGUACCAACAGAUAUCCUUUACUCAAAAUGGCAUUUUAUAUUUAUUUUGGUAAUCAGCGAUAACAAAUCGUCUGAAACUAUUAAGUGCACUCCUUAUUUCGCAAUUUCUCAUAAUAGAGCAUCUAAAUUGUUGCUGUAGAAACCCUCAGAAAAUGAUAUCGUUAAAUAUUAUGCAUCUUACCAAUUAUUGUUAAUUGCAAUGAUAACAAGAAAUAUUUACAGAUUAAAAAAGCAUUUUAUUUACUUAGUUCUAGUUGUAGCGAUCUUAUUUUUUCUGAGCAAAUGAAUCUUAAUAGAAGAAUCUUGAAUGACUCACCUAAUUAUACUGCACUUUAUCCAUACAU